UGUCAGCCGAAUAAACGAAGUUGUUCUGCAAAUAAAAAAGCAAACAAACAAAGCACUAGGGCGAAAGGGAGGAGGACAAACAGCGAACCAAAGGAGCAGAGAGAGGAGAGGUGACCUGGCCGAAGCGACAUGUUUGGCAUGAUCAAGAAUUCGCUCUUCGGGAACACCGAGGAGACGGAAUAUAAAUUGCUGAGCAGUGAGACGAAGGAUGGAGUUAGCUUUGAGGUGCGACGGUACGACGGUGCCAAGUACGCUGUGGUCUCCUCUGAGGGACGAACCUUCGACCAAGUGACAGGCGAGCUGGUGAGGAAGCUGCUCAUGUACAUCGGCGGGAGCAAUGAACAAGGUGAGGCCAUGGGCACAGCAGCUCCCAUCAUCAUCACAGUGUACCCGCGGAAUGACGGUGUUCUGUCUCGCCGUUUGAUGGUUGCCAUCCGCAUCCCCUCCAACUACCAGCAAAGCCCCCCGACUCCCACCGACAGUGCCAUGAGGAUUGAGGAUCGGCCCGGCAUGACUGUCUACGCUCUGCAGUUUGGAGGCUUCGCAGGGGAGAGUGAGUACAGAGCAGAGGCCUUGCGUCUGACACGCACUCUGGGCGAGACGGCCCCCUUUCAGCGCAAGCAGUACUUCUGCUGUAGCUACGACCCACCGCUCAAGCCUUACGGACGCCGCAACGAGGUGUGGUUUCUACAGGAGGAGCCAUAGGAGC